AUGUCCUCAAAUACGUCAAGAGUUGGGGUAAUUGGGGCACAGCCGAGCACCACGCUCGAGGGGAACGGACUAGCCAGACAAGACCCGGGUAUCGAUACCCUUUCAGACGAGACGAAAAAUAGCAAUGUGAAAAAUCAAAUUCAUCAUGACCACGAGGAUAAAGAUAUCGAGGCAGCAGCAGCCACCAAGCACGAACAUGUCGAGGAGCUCCUGAAAACCACCACGCUCGAUACCGUCCACCACGAUGAAGCCAUCCGCGUCCUCGACGCGUACGCAGGGGAUCGGACGUGGACGGAGCAGGAGGAGAAGAAACUCGUCAGAAAGAUUGAUCGGCAGCUCUUGUCCAUUGUCGUGACAACCUAUGGGUUGCAGUAUUACGACAAAGCCAUGCUCGCGCAAGCUGCUCUGUUUGGUUUGAUUCAAGACUUGGAUCUGGGAAUAGGCAUGCGCUACUCGUUCUCGUCCUCCAUCUUUUAUCUCGGAUUCAUCUGUGGCGCUUAUCCUGCUAUUGCCAUGGCGCAGCGAUAUCCGAUUGAGAGAGUCAUGUUUGGUAUCGUCCUCCUCUGGGGUAUUUGCCUCACCACCACGGCAGGGUGUACGACCUACCAAGGCUUAUACGCCCAGCGGUUCUUUCUCGGCCUCUUGGAGAGUGGUGUUAGUCCUGCUUGGAUGUUGGUGGUAGGAGGAUGGUAUAAGAAGCAAGAACAAGCGUUUCGAAUGGGGGCUUGGUAUUGCGCUACCGGAUAUGUGUCCAUUGUCGCGCCAUUGAUCAACUAUGGCUUGGGCCACAUUUCUGGCUCCUUGUCACCGUGGAGAUAUAUGUACAUUGUUGCGGGUUUGAUCACAGUAGUGUGGUCAUUCGUGAUUCUGUUCCUGUUACCGCCAGAUCCAACUCGUGCCAAACGACUUUCGGAACGCGCAACAGUCGCAAGAAUGCGGACAAACAACUCGGGCGUGCGCAACACACACUUUAAAAAGGAGCAAUUCGUAGAGUUGCUAGCCGACGUCAAGUUCUGGCUUGCCUUUGCCAUGGCUUUCCUUUUACUGGUAGUCAAUGGGCCCAUUUCAACUUUCACACCAAUCAUCAUAUCCGAUCUUGGGUUCUCCGGUCUUGAAUCUCUUCUUCUAGUCAUGCCCGCGGGUGCGGUUAUUGGAACUAUUGAACUCAUGGUGCCAUUCGUUGCAAUGAAGUUUGCGAAUUUGCGCUGCUAUUUGGUUGCCAUUACAGCUUCCUUUUCACUAUUGGCAUGUCUUUUGCUUUGGCAACUACCAAUCAGUGCCAUUGGAGGGAGACUGUUUGCCGUGUACAUCUUGGCCAGCUAUGGUGGUGGUUAUGCAGUGUUGAUGAGUCUCCAGAUCGCGAAUACUGCUGGCUAUACCAAGCGAUCACUUGGAUCAAGUGGGAUAUUUGUCGGUUAUUGCUUAGGCAAUUUUCUCGGUCCGCUCGUAUUCAAGGCAAAUGAGGCUCCGCACUAUACCACCGGAUGGAUCACUACAGUCGCCACUACAGCUUCGGCUAUAGCGUUGGCUUUAGUCUACCGACUCGUUUGCGCAUGGGAAAAUCGGCGCCGAGACAAGACGGGCGAAAUGGAGGCAUUUGAGCAUGCGUACGAGGACGACCUGACGGAUAUGAAGAACCCACAGUUCAGGUAUACUCUUUGA